AAGAAGAAUCAUCCAAAUGGCUUCAAAGGCCUUCUCUAAGUCUUUGCUCUUCUUCUACCUUUCUCUGAGCCGUCAGCUCGCCAGCUUACUAUCUCUCCACAGAAAAGACCACCUAAAGCUAGAAAAGAAUAAUGUCUCUUUGCGCCACCACCUUCACAGCAAAACCCUAGUGUUAGAUGUGGGGGGAGGCCUCUUGAGGUCAUCGCCCACCUUCCCUUACUUCAUGCUUGUGGCCUUAGAAGCAGGAUGCGUCUUAAGAGGCCUCCUACUUCUGCUUCUAUACCCAUUGCUGUGUUGCUUAAGCCAAGAGGUGGCCCUCCAAGUCAUGGUCUUAGUGUCCUUCUUGGGGAUCAAGGAGGAGGAAUUCAGGGCAGGGAGAGCAGUCCUCCCCAAGUACUUGUUAGAGGAUGUGGGGUUGGAAGCGUUUGAGAUCUUGAGAAAGGCAAGGAAGAAGGUCUGCGUCAGUAACAUGCCGAGAGUCAUGGUGGAAGUGUUCCUCAAGGAGUACUUGGAGGUGGAGGUGGUGGUGGGAAGGGAGUUGAAGGUGUUUGGUGGUUAUUACACUGGGCUGAUGGAGGACGAGAGCAACGUGGAGAGCUUGGAGAAGAUAUUUGGUGAAGAAGAGUUGGAUGGAGGCGUUCUUGGGUUUGGAAGCUGCAUCAACUCUCCUCAGCACCAACUUUUCUCUUAUUGCAAGGCGAUUCACGUGGCAACUGAAGCCGAGAAGAGGAACUGGCAUGCCUUACCGAGAGAGCGAUACCCAAAGCCCCUCGUGUUCCAUGACGGCAGAAUGGCCUUCAGGCCGACGCCAAUGGCCACGCUAGCCAUGUUCCUAUGGCUCCCUUUCGGCAUCUCCCUCAGCAUCUUUCGAUCCAUCGUCUUCGUGUUCUUGCCCUUCGAGAUCUCGUUACCCAUCGGAGCCGCCACAGGAAUGACCAACAGGCUCCUGAGCCCUCCUCCCACAACGACCGAUGACGGCGGCAAAUACAAGCUCUUCGUCUGCAACCACAGGACACUCCUCGAUCCGGUCUACAUCUCAGGGGCGCUCAACAAGCACGUCGGCGCCGUGACCUACAGCAUCAGCCCCAUAUCGGAAACCUUGUCGCCGAUCAGAACAGCGCGACUCACCAGAAGCAAAGAGGAAGACCGGCGCAGGAUGGAAAGGCUGCUGCGGCAGGGAGACCUCGUGGUGUGUCCCGAGGGGACGACGUGCAGGGAACCCUAUCUGCUAAGGUUCAGCCCACUGUUUAUGGAGCUGACCGACGAGGUAGUGCCGGUGGCUGUGGCCACCAGGGUGGGCAUGUUCCACGGCACGACGGCGAGCGGGCUCAAGGUAUUGGAUUCCUUCUACUUCCUCAUGAACCCAUGGCCGGAGUACGACGUGGAGUUCCUGCGGAGCAUACCGACUGGGAGCUGCAGCAGCAACAGCAGGUACGAGGUGGCCAACCUUGUUCAGCGUGAGAUCGCAAGUGCUUUGCGUUUCCAGUGCACCACGCUGACAAGGAAAGACAAGUAUAUGAUGCUUGCAGGAAACGAAGGGAUUGUGAACUCCAAAACAAAACACACUUCAUAA